AUGCCCGUCGAACGCUGGUCCGUAACAACCGGCUGUUGCACUACCGGUAUGGGUCUCGACGUCGAGGUGGUCCCUGUCACGACCGGUAUAGCUCGGCUCGUUGAAGGGGGCGCUGUGGACGUCGGCCUGGCUGCAGUCGUCGAAGGGGGUGGUGUCGAGGUGUACCCUAUGUCGACAGGAAUCGAUCCUAGCUGCCGGAACAUCCCGCUCGUGUCGCUUGUGUUGGUGCUGGCUCCGCUGAUUUUGCCUCAGCAACAACAGCUCGCGCAAGCUGUAAAGCUCGACAUUCCUCUCGAGUUCUACCGCGGCGACAUAACCUACUUGAACAAUUUCGCAGCAGCCAUACCAAACUUCCCGCCGUACGCGUGGGCUGCUGACGUGGCACCGCCAUGCCCCACUGGCAACUGGAUUGGCGUGACGUGUAAUUCAGAUAACUACGUGACUGACGUUGACCUUAGCGCAAGCAACGUGACUGGCAAUUUCCCAAGGCUCAAGGGUCCCUUUUCGUUUGACAUUGCUGCUGUCAUCUUCCUCAAGACGCUCAAUCUUGCAGGAAACCUACUGCAUGGCCCAUUUCCAAGUGAGUUGGCGCUCUCGCCCAGCCUCGCCUCUCUCAACGUGGCAAACAACAGCCUCACAGGGCGCCUGUCUGAGGACCUCUGUAACCUCAACCUCACCUGCGUCAACGUGAUGGGCAACCCUCUCCGCGGUCCCAUCCCCUCGUGCUGGAGGAACUUCACAUGCCUUGACUUUGCAAACACCAGCCUCCUGGUUGUUCCCAACGAAACAUGUCGCGAUGUCCCCUACCACAGCUGCAACCCGCCCCUCGCCGUAGCGGUGGCCCCCCCAUCAGCAGCAGCCUCCUCUGUCAACGUCGUUGCCAUCAUCUGUGGCGUCGUGGGGGGUGCUGCGCUCAUUGCGCUGCUGAUUGCGGGGGCGAUGGUGGUGAUGAAGCACAUUGAACGGAAGCGCAGGGAGGAGGAGGAGCGGCGCCUAGAGCAGGAUCUGGAGACCCAAAUCUCAUCGCGCCACUUCGGAACCCUGAGACGCUUCACCUCAGAGGAGCUGAAGAAGGCCACCAACGGGUUUGAUGAGGACUAUGUGCUGGGCGAGGGCGGGUUCAGCAAGGUGUACAAGGGCAAGCUGGAGGACGGCAAGUUCGUUGCUAUCAAAAGGAUUAAGGAUGAGAAGCGCGCAGGUGGCGAGCUGCAGUUCCUAUCAGAGGUGGAGAUGAUCAGCCGGGCAGUGCACCGCAACCUCAUCCGUGCCGAGGGAUUCUGUGUGGAGCGCGGCGAGUGCAUGCUCGUGCUGCCGUUUUGCUCCAAUGGCUCUGUUGCCUCGCGCACUCAGGGCAAGGAGGGUAACCCCAUGGACUGGCCUACGCGCAUGAAGGUGGCCCGUGGCGCAGCGGAGGGGAUAGGCUAUCUGCACACGGACUGCAAGCCGAAGCUGGUGCACCGCGACAUCAAGGCUGCAAAUGUGCUGCUGGAUGAGAACGACGAGGCAGUGAUUGCAGACUUCGGUCUUGCCAAGGAGAUGGACGUGAAUGAGACGCAUGCCACCACGGCUGUCAAGGGCACCAUCGGUCACAUUGCUCCUGAGUACUUUGUGAGCGGGCAGUGUUCGGAGAAAACGGACGUGUAUGCCUUCGGGGUCUUCCUGCUGGAGCUCGUGUCGGGCAAGGACGUGUACGGCCUCACAGUGGUGCCCGAGGCCGAGGAGAUUCUCCUGAGGGACUGGGUAUCGCGGCUGCUGGUGGAGGGCAAGGCGGACGUGCUGGUGGAUCCAGAGGUGAAGAAGCCCGAGGGGGCGGUGGACAUGGGGCAGGUGGAGAAGAUGCUGCAGGUGGCGCUGCUGUGCCUCAAGAACGACCCGGCUGAGCGACCUACCAUGGAGGAUGUGGCUAAGAUGGUGGCUGGGAGUGAACUCACGGAGAAGUGGCAGCAGUGGCAG